AUGACCCGCCUCUACCCCCUCUUCAUCCUCCUCUUCGUGCUCCUCAUCCUAGGCACAAUCUUCUACAUCACCUACUCGAUCAUCCAAGAUGUGAAGCGCAACACGCGAUCCAAGAUGGAGAAGAAAAACGUCACGUUCUCUCGGGAUGGAGUCACUGUUGGUGUGAAGGAGUUGAAGGAUGAGGAUUAUUUGGAUCGGAGUCAGAGUAUCCUCGUCAGCAUGUGGAAUCAUACCUCCUUCCCUGCGUAUAAGAGUCGACUGUGGAAUAUGACGAAGCCGACGAAUUGGAAUGAGAAUGGCGCUGGGGGCAGCAGUGAUGACGGGUUGAGGGAUCGGUUUUGGAGUGCGGCGGGGAAGGUUGGGGAGUGGGCUGGGUAUCAGCAGGGUCAGGAGGGGGAGAGGGAUAAGAAGGGGCAAUGA